AAUUUGCGGACAAGGUCGGGAAGGGCAAAGAUGCAUUUUUAGGAAAAAAACUUUCAGUAGUGGCGAAAACGAAAAAUAGGUUUGUGCUUUGUCUACUGUAGCUCAAAACUUGAGAACUCAGACCAAUUUUCAGAGAGAGAGAGAGAGCUGGAGAGGUGUACUGUUUACUCGGGAAGAUAACCGGGCAAAUUUGACCAGCGCUGGAAGACCCAACUGAUUCCCAGUGGUUUUAUUACUACAGCGGAAAACCACUUAUCACUUGUUCACCAUAUUUCUACUCCCCUCAACUGGUUUUCCAGCCAAAACCCCAACCCCAGAUGGCUGAAACCGGUUUCGUCCGGUUUCCGGGUGGCCUGGACCCGGGAGCCGAGGAGUUCAGGCCCAGAAACCCGAACCCGAUACCCCUAUUCAGCCCACCACCACCACCGCCUUUGCCACACCAAGUUUACUAUCCCUACCCACCGCCACCGCCACCACCACCGCCCAUGAACGAAGUGGUGGCGGUGCCCUACGUGCCGUCACCCGCGGCGUACGUUAGCGCGGUGACGGUGCAGGCCCCGAUCCCGCCUCCGGCCGCGGGGCCGACUCGGGCGGUGCUGCUGAGGCCGGUGCCGUGUGACGUCAGCGAGGUGACGAUUCGGCGGGAGUUGGAGGCGUUCGGGCAGGUGAGGUGGGUCCAGAUGGAGAGGUCCUGCGACGGGAUCGUGACCGUCCAUUUCUACGAUCUCAGGCAUGCAGAGAAGGCCUUGGCGGAGAUUCGGGAGCAGCACAUGCAACACCAACCACCCACCCGCCCUCCUCGUAAUUCCGGUCCGUACCACCGGAGCUCCUCCGCCGUGAUUGUCAGCCCCGACACGUGGGCCCACUUCGUGAUUCCGGUUCACACCGCAAUCCCCGAGGGCCACAACCAAGGCACCAUCGUGAUUUUCAAUCUCGACUCGGCGGUGACCACCUCCAGCGUCAGGCAGACGUUCCAAGCUUUUGGUGCUGUGAAGGAAUUGAGGGAGACACCCUCCAAGAAGCACCAGAAAUUCGUGGAGUUUUUCGACGUCAGACACGCUGCUAGAGCUCUCAAGGAGAUGAACGGCAAGGAGAUCCAUGGCAAACAGAUUGUGAUCGAGUUCAGUCGCCCCGGAGGCAACAGCUGGAAGAAGCUGAAUUCUCUCACCACCACUGCCGUCCCAACUGUCGUCUCUGCCAACGUUGCUUCGCCUGAGUUGUAUCUGCCCGAACCGUUCUCCGGCCACUCUCGUUUCGAUGCCGUCUCGCCGCUAAUGUAUGGUUCACAAGGCCAGUGUUCUACUAGGACUAAUUCGGGAAGUGGAAAUGUUGGUGUGGAGUCUCUAGUGGCGGAGUUGAAUUUGGGCGGUGGAAUUGAAGAGAGGGAGUCAGCGGGGCAUUCAAGAAGGGCUUCGUCGAAGAAGCAAAGCAGCCAGGCAAUGGUAACGAGUCCAAGGCAGCUGCAGCAACCGCCGCCACCGCCACCGAGGAGUAGUAGGGGAAAGAGAGGAAAGCAGCCCAAGAAGUAUGAUACUCGCUUUCUAAUCAAAGAAGACGUCAUGGUUGAAUCCACAAGCGAUUCAAGAACCACUCUGAUGAUCAAGAACAUACCGAACAAAUACAGUCAGAAGCUGCUAUUGAGUAUGCUGGACAACCACUGCAUUCACUGCAACGAACAGAUUCUUCGCGACGGCGAUGAAGGCCAGCCUUUGUCCUCCUACGAUUUCGUUUAUCUCCCCAUUGAUUUCAAUAACAAAUGCAAUGUAGGUUAUGGGUUUGUUAACAUGACAAGCCCAGAGGCAACAUGGAGGCUUUACAAAGCCUUUCAUCACCAAAAUUGGGAGGUCUUCAACUCCAGAAAGAUCUGUGAAGUCACCUACGCAAGAGUUCAGGGAUUGGAAGCGUUGAAGGAGCACUUCAAGAACUCCAAGUUCCCGAGCGAAAUGGAUCACUACUUGCCGGUUGUGUUUACGCCGCCCCGGGAUGGCAAGCUUCUGUCGGAUCCACUCCCCAUCUUCGGCAUCCAACACAAGUCCGGCAGCAACUCCUCCGCCGCCGUUAAUCACCCCAUUACUCUCCUCCUGCCUCCAUCACAUCAACAUAACCAUGAUGACAUGGAUGACUCUGACCACUGUAGUAGCCGUAACGGCGGCGUUCUGGGUAUUAAUGACGACCAGGACGACGACGACCAAGACAGCUAGCUCCCUGUUAGCUUAGAAAGUAGAGCUACGGAACACGUCAAAUCUCUGAUAAGUUGAUGUGAUCUGCUAGCUUACCUCAUUUAGAUAUAGGUUGAUAGCUUAAAGCUUGUAGCACCUAAACUCUUACCAAUGAGAAAGCGCCCGCGCCUAAGCUGAUAGCCCAUCACCUCCUUUUCUCUGCAUAGCCUAGCCCUAAGCAAAAGCCCUAAUUUCUGUCACUCGCUCAGGUCUGCCCACCAUCAUUUCAAAUUUCGUGUCUUUUUUUUUUUUUUUUUUAAAUAUUUCUGUCUUGUAUUUUUGGCAAAAAUGUAAG